AUGCUUUCAAAGACAUGUACGCAGGACGAUCCUGUAGAAGUAACAGAAACAGACACCACAGGUGAUGUUGAACAUGAAGAUGAGCUUAAGAGUAUGCCUCGCAAGAGAAAAAGCAAUUUGGGUAGAAAAACAAAUAAUGCCAAGAGACAAAAAUUGUGUGUAUCCACGGAAUCAGUUGAUUAUGAUGAUUCGGACUCUGAUGAUGGUGUACAUAGCAAUAAUGAGUCGACAAUUUUAAGUUCCGUUGUGGUUGAAGAUUAUGCACGACCUUCAACCAGUCGAGAGCGUGUCGCCCUAUUUAGGUCUCAGCAGAAUGAAAAAGAACGUGAAAGCAGGCGAGACACUGAACGUUUAAGAUUUAGCCAAAGAAUACAAAAUGAGACGGAAGAGGAGCGAGAAGCUCGACGGAACAGGGACCGAAUACGGCACGUCCAGAGAAAAGAAAAUGAGACAGAAGAGGAGCGAGAUGCACGUCGGUGCAGCAACCGAAUACAGCAAGUUCAGAAGAGGGGAAACGAGACAGAGGUUGAGCGAGAAGCACGUCGGAACAGUGACCGAAUACUACACGUUCGGGGGAGGGAAAACGAAACAGAGGAGGAGCAAGAAGCACGUCGGGAGAGUGACCGAAUACUACAUGUUCAGAGGAGGGAAAACGAGACAGAUGAGAAGCGAGAAGCACGUCGGAACAGUGACCGAAUAAUACACGUAAGGAAGAGGGAAAAUGAAACAGAGGAGGAGCAAGAAGCACGUCGGGAGAGUGACCGAAAACUACAUGUUCAGAGGAGGGAAAACGAGACAGAUGAGGAGCGAGAAGCACGUCGGAACAGUGACCGAAUACGACACGUACGGAAGAGGGAAAACGAAACAGAGGAGGAGCAAGAAGCACGUCGGAACAAUGACCGAAUAUUACACGUCCAGAGAAGGGAAAACGAAACAGAGGAGGAGCAAGAAGCACGUCGGGAGAGUGACCGAAUACUACAUGUUCAAAGGAGGGAAAACGAGACAGUGGAGGAGGGAGGAGCACGUCGAAACAGUGACCGAAUCCUACACGUUCGCAGGAGGGAAAAUGAAACAAGAGAAGAGAGAGAAAGUAGGCAAGAACGAGAUAGAGUUCGGCAAAACCAACGUAGGAAUAAUGAAACUCCUGAAGAGCGGGAAGCUAGACAUAUAAUCGACAAUGAUAGGUACCGUCGCACUGUUGAAGAGCAAACUCUACUUUUGCAUGACGAGGCGACCCGAGUGGAGGAACUUCGAGCAAGCCAGGACAUUGCUGACAGAAAUGCCCGUGUUGCCGCUGAUUCUGAAAGACAUAGGGUGAACAGAGUCGUUGAGAGCGACGCAGAAAGACAAACUAGGAUCGCGCGGGAAAGAACUCGGCAUGUCGAAAGAAAUUUAACAGAAUGGCGAGACACACACAACAGUGGAUUCCAAUAUGAUCCUUUUACACGUUACAGUGAAGCUGCCAAUAUUGGAGAUUUUGAUAAAGUUUGUAGGUUUUGUCACGCUUUGAGUUGGUCAAAGGAACCACGUGGAAUAUGUUGUGCUUCUGGUAAAGUGUCCAUACCGUCUAUUUUGGAAGCACCUGAGCCGCUACGUACAUGGAUAUCGGACGAAUCACCUCAAUCGCGAAAUUUUCUUAGACAUAUCAGGGCCUACAAUAGUGCGUUCCAAAUGACUUCUUUUGGAGGUAAUGAAAUCCGUGAAGGACCAUAUAUGCCUACAUUUAAGGUUCAAGGACAAGUGUACCAUUUGAUCGGCUCUCUUUUGCCACCCCCUGGACUUCCGCCGUCUUACCUUCAGAUUUACUUUGUUGGGGAUGACCAAGUCCAGCUUCAAAGAAGGCAAAGUUUAUUUCAAGACCUUGAUCAUGACAUGUUGGCCGCUUUGCAAAACAUGCUUCAGAAUAAUAACGCCUACUUGCUCAGCUUCAAAACUACUUUAGAAACAUUUCCUGUAGAUUCACCUGAUUUCAAAAUUGUUAUUAGAGCCGACAGACGCCCUGCAGGGGACCACCCAGGUAGAUACAAUGAACCAACAGUCAAUGAGGUUGCUAUUUUGAUGAUUGGGGAUCCAAGUGACCAUCGAGACAUCAUUUUAAAUUCAAGAGAACAGGGUUUGAAACGAAUAUAUGAAACCCACCGAUCUUAUGAUGCCCUACAAUAUCCCCUUAUGUUUUGUAGAGGCGAAGAUGGAUAUAGUUUCAAUUUAUAUCAUGUAAACCCGGUUACUAAACAACCAACCACAAAGAAAACUAGCUCACGAGAGUUUUACGCCUAUCGCAUUAUGGUUAGAGAAGGUGAAGCAAAUCACAUUCAUAAAUUCAAACAGCUUUUGAACCAGUACUUGGUGGACAUGUACGCUAAAGUUGAGAGUGAAAGGCUGCUGUAUCUUCGUACGCACCAAAAGGAACUGAGAGCAGAGAAUUACAUACACCUUCAAGACGCUUUAAGACGAGACGACAACGUAGAAGAAAUGGGGCAAAAGAUAAUUUUACCUGCCACCUUCACUGGAGGUCCUAGAUAUAUGCAUUCUCGCACACAGGACGCCUUUUGCUAUGUUCGGAAGUUUGGUCGUCCAGAACUUUUCAUAACAAUGACAACAAAUCCAAAAUGGAUAGAAAUCACGAGUGUAAUUGGAGAAAGGCAGUCUGCUCACGACCGGUAUGAUGUGAAACGUGGUCUUCCACACGCUCAUAUCCUGAUUUGGCUUGAAGAAUCCAUUCCUCCAAAUAGAAUAGAUCAAGUCAUUUCUGCAGAGCUUCCAAAUCCUGAAACUGAUCCUGAACUUGCAGAUAUAGUCAAGACUCACAUGCUGCACGGACCAUGCGGAGCUUUUAAUGUGCGACAGCGCAAGCUUCCCUGUAUGAAGGAUGGUCACUGUAGCAAAAGAUACCCUAGACCAUUUGUCAAUGAAACGGCAACAGGAGACAAUGGAUACCCAACAUACAGAAGGCGCUCCCCAGAUGAUGGAGGCCAUCAUGUCCUAAUCAGAGUAGGUAACGAUGAAAUCCCUAUGGACAACCGAUGGGUAGUACCUUACUCGCCUGUAUUGUCCGAACAUUUCUAA